AUGGAGAGCGCCCGGCCCAUCCUGUGCCUGCAGCUGUGGCUGUGGGUGCAGAGCUCUGCCCAGGAGCUCGACCCUGAGGGCAGGAACGUCUGCAGGUUCGCGGCCGGCCCGCAGUGCUGUCCCGGCUGGAGGCAGGAGGGGAGGGCGUGCACGGUCGCCGUGUGCGAGGGGGAGGACGCCUGCAGAGAGGGCGAGGUGUGCGUGAAACCCGGGCUGUGCCGCUGCCCACCCGGCUUCUUCGGAGCAGACUGCAGCUCCCGCUGCCCCGAGCAGUACUGGGGCCACGACUGCAAGCGGAGCUGCCCGUGCCACCCCAACGGGCGCUGUGACCCCGCCAGCGGCCGCUGCACCUGCGACGCCAACCACUGGGGAAGGCUGUGCCAGUUCCCGUGCCAGUGCGGCCCCCACGGCCGCUGCGACCCCCUGAGCGGCGCCUGCCACUGCGAGCCGGGCUGGUGGGCACCCAACUGCAAGAAGCAAUGCGCCUGCAACCCCUCCACGUCGCAGUGCGACCCCCUGAGCGGGCUGUGCCGCUGCCAGCCGGGCUGGUGGGGCCGGAGGUGCAGCUUCAAGUGCUCCUGCAACGUCUCGCCCUGCGCGCAGGAGACGGGCAAGUGCGAGUGCCUGCCUGGCUACUGGGGACCGGCGUGCCAGCGGCGCUGUGACUGCGGGCACGGCUCCUGCAGCUCCGCCAGCGGCCACUGCACCUGCGAGCCCGGCUACCAGGGCAGGAGCUGCCGGGAGCCCUGCCCGGCGGGGAAAUACGGCCCUCAGUGCGUGCACAGCUGUGGGAGCUGCAAGCGCAGCCAGCCCUGCUCACCCGUGGAUGGUUUCUGCCUGGCCUGCCAGCCCGGCUGGAACGGGACCCUCUGCAAGGAUCCCUGUGCUCCUGGAUUCUAUGGGGAUGGCUGCCUGCAGCCGUGUCCCCGCUGCCUGCACGGGGAGCCCUGUGACCCCCAGACCGGGUCCUGCCUGCGCUGUGACCCCGGCUGGACAGGACCCAGCUGCAACAGCUCCUGCCCUGUGGGCACCUUUGGUGAUGGCUGCCAGUUCCUCUGCCCUGAGUGUGUUUCAGGGAGCUGUGACCCUGUGACAGGAGUUUGCAUCUGCCAGGCAGGCUACUGGGGAGACAGCUGCAACAACACUUGUCCUGAGGGCUAUUUUGGAGUGAAUUGUUCCUCACCCUGCCAGUGCUCCCGGGGGACCUGUGACCCUGUGCAGGGUGACUGUGUGCUGAGUUUGAAGGACCAUGGAGCCCUUGCAGCUGCCAUCCUUGUCCCUCUCCUGCUGCUGCUGCUCUGUGUUGCCUGCUGCUGCUGUGGUGCCGGCUCAGCAGAUGCCAGAGACAGGGCAGCUGUGCCAGAUGAUGGUGUGCUGGCCAGGAUGAAGCACCACGUGCAGGGGGUGUUGGCCAACCUCAGUGCUCUCAUGCCCUGCUUUAACCUGGGCACCUCAAAACUUCCCAAAGUCACAGUUUCCCACCACGACAUGGAAAUCCCCUACAACCCCAGCUUCAUCGAGCCCCCAUCAUCUGCGUGGGUUUCAGACAGCUCCUUCUCCUCCUUCGACACCGACAACGAGGGACCCGAGUACUCCGUCCCUCCCAGAGAAGGCAUCCCGCUGCUGGGCGGGGCUGAGCUGCAGGACGGAGCAUCCCCCGCUGCCGAGGCGCUCCCGGACCCGUCCGCCUUCGACUCCGAGGAUGUCUCGCAGCCCUUCGCCAUCCCCCGCACGUCCAGCAUCGCCAAGGCCAAGCGUCCCUCUGUGUCCUUCGCCGAGGGGACAAAAUUCGGGGCUGCCGAGACGCCCAGCCCCAGCAGGAAGCCCAAGGCUCCGUGGGGCCCAUCCAGGCUGACCCCACCGCCGGGGGAUGCGGCGGCCGAGCCGCCCAGCGAGAGCCCGGCCAGCGAUUGCUACGAGAACGCCGAGCCCCUCAGCAAGGGGGACGAAAGCCACCGGCCAUCGCCCCGGGCCACGCCGGGGGGACGCCGCAGGGUGGUGUCCAGCACCAGGCAUGUGGCGCAGAGAGUGGAGGCGCUGGAAGCGGCUGCGAGAUGCGGCAGCUGGGAGGCCAAGGGGAAGGAACACAAUGUCACCACCAUCUACAUGAUGGUGGGAACGGCAGGGCACGACCCCAAAGCGGAGGGGACUGGCGAGGGACCGGUCCAGGCUGUGCUGAAGCGUCUGGGCAGCUUGCAGAAGGGCAAGUGGGCUGCGAAGGAGGAGCCCAAGCUGAGGAGGAGCAUGGAGGCCAUCCAGAAACCCCCUCGCCGGGCUCUGGCGCAGCGCAGGGACUCGGAGAACAGCUGCAAGCAGAGGGAGAGUGUGCCGGGGGCUCCCGCCGAGCCAGCCCCGGGCAAGCAGCAGCAGCAUCCCGCUGCCAAGAGACUGUCCCUCCUCCUCGCAUCCCUCUCGUCAAAAAGCACCGGUGCCCAGGACGGGGCCAGCGAAACGGCAGAGAAGGGGGAAAGCCCGGAGUUAGCUGGCAGCCUGGAAAGGAAGGGACAGGCUGCCGCGGAGGAAGAGCCGAAAUACGAGAACGUGGCCAGCAGCGGUGCUGAUUCGCCCUCCGGCCCCGGCAAGGAGCUGCCGGGCAGCGCUCCGGGCUCCUGAGCCGGCACCGCCCGGGCUGGGGCCGCGGGAGCACCGGGAGCUCCUCCAGCCCCGGCCUGGGCAGCCGAGCAUGCUCCGAGCUGGGAACUGGAGAAGCAUCGAGCCCUCCUGGUGACCCUCUCUGCUCUGGAGCAGUGAACUGGAGGAGCAUCGAGCCUUCCCGGUGACUCCCUCAGCUCCAGAGCUUGGAACUGGAGGAGCAUCGAGCCCUACUGGUGAACCCCUCAGCUCUGGAGCAGUGAACUGGAGGAGCAUCGAGCCCUCCCGGUGACCCUCUCUGCUCUGAAGCAGUGAACUGGAGGAGCAUCGAGCCCUCCUGGUGACCCCCUCUGCUCUGGAGCUGUGAACUGGAGGAGCAUCGAGCCCUCCUGGUGACCCCCUCUGCUCUGGGGCCACAGUGGGGCAGCCGGUGGGGUUGUGGUGCUCAAGGACUGUUUUCUGCUCCUCGCUGCCCUACCAGCCCCGGGGGACAGCGAUGUUCUGGGUGCUGUGCUGGCACCCUCAAGCCCGUGUCACCGCUGGGCUGCUGAGUGCUCAGCUGGGAAAUGCGUGCACAAAAUCCACUCUCACCCCAUCGGUUUUCACCUUUCCCUGCCCCAAAUCCCCUGAGCCUCUUGCUGGAAAGGUGCUUCUCACUGAAGGGGAGCGUUUUAUGGAGCUGGGCUGAGGAGAGAUGAUGGGCUGUCACAAGCAGCUUCAGAGAAAAUUAAUUUUAGCUGCUUAUCUCAAAGGGUAUCUGGGUCUGCAGGGGUUUAUCUGUGUGGCUCUGCCUUCUGUGGCAGGGCCUGGCUGCCUUUGCUUCCACGUGGAAAAGCUCGUGGCAGGACACAGGGGGUAGUGACAGCCUUUUAAACUCCACACAGUUCCAAUCUGCAGUUGUGCAAACGUGGCAGCUGGGCAGUGACCAUCAACCUGUGCACCUGGUGCCGUGCUGAUAAGGAUGGAAGUUGCCUGGAAAAUGGGAUUUCCACGGGUGCCCUAAGCUCCUGCCACCUCCCACACCUCAUUCCUGCUGUGAAGGCAGCUGAGAUGCUAAAGAGGAUUUGCAGAGUGAUCUGGUUUUAGAUGUAUCUAAGUAGUAGAAGGUUUUUGUGUAUUUUUUUCUCUGUUAUUUCACUUGGUGUGAAAGCCUUGGAAUGAAAAUUAAAUGCCCUUCAGGAGAUGGGUUUCCCAGCC